UAAAUUUUUUUUUUACCAUCUUUAGCCGCAUUUGUGCAAAAAGGCGCGAAUUAAAUUUGUUUGUUAAAUUAUUUCUAGAUCCUUGCAUGCGUAGACGCAAUGGCACUUUGGGUGGAUAAAUACCGUCCGCGGGAACUGUCCAAGCUGGAUUUCCACAAGGAGCAGGCGGAGAAUCUGCGUAACCUGUGCAAGCAGAGCGAUUUUCCACAUCUCAUGUUUUACGGACCCUCGGGUGCCGGAAAGAAGACCCGCAUCAUGUGCCUGCUGCGGGAGAUGUACGGAGCCGGCGUGGAGCGCCUAAGGAGCGAGACCAUGACGUUCACGACGCCCUCCAACCGCAAGAUCGAGGUGAUGACGGUCAGCAGCAACUACCACCUGGAGGUGAAUCCCUCCGAUGCCGGCAUGUACGACCGCACCGUGGUGAUCGAUUUGAUUAAGCAGGUGGCCCAGACGCACCAAAUAGAGAUCAGCGGCCAGCGGGAAUUCAAGGUGAUCGUCAUUUCCGAGGGCGACGAGCUCACCAAGGAUGCCCAGCACGCCCUGCGCCGCACCAUGGAGAAGUAUGUGGCCACGUGUCGGAUCAUCAUCUCGGUGAACUCGACGUCCCGCAUCAUUCCGGCCAUUCGCUCACGUUGCCUAGGCAUCCGGGUGGCCGCACCCAAUGAAACGGAGAUAGUGUCCAUUCUGCAGAGCACCUGCAAGCGGGAAGGCCUCGCACUGCCCGUAGAGCUGGCCAAGCGGGUGGUGGACAAGUCGGAGCGUAAUCUUAGACGUGCUCUGCUGAUGCUGGAGGCCGCCAAGGUGGCCAAGGCGCCAUUCACCGCCAACCAGGAGAUUCCCGACCUGGACUGGCAGGUGUUCCUGCGCGAAACCGCCUCCCAGAUCAUCAGCGAGCAAACGCCCGGCAAGCUGGAGAAGAUCCGCGAACGGCUGUACGAGCUGCUGACCCAGGGCGUACCGCCCAAUCUCAUAUUCCGCGGCCUGGUCGAGCAGCUGGUGAACAACUGUGAUAUGUCCAUCAAGGCCAAGACCCUCGAGUUCGCCACCGAGUAUGAACACCGAAUGCAGACUGGUGCCAAGCACAUCUUCCACCUGGAAGCGUUCGUCGCUCAGUUCAUGAACAUCUACAAAAAAUUCCUUUCUGAGCUGGUCAUGACGGAUGAUUUUUAACCAACUUCAUAUUUACGCACACUCUUAGCUUUUAAUUCAAGAAACUUAUAUAUAUAAACCGAAUAAAACAAUCUAAUGGAUUAAUUGCUGCUGUC